CCCUCGAACGACGUGCUGGUUGCGCCGUAUCAAGACUCUUGCGACGAUUCUUCUCUUCCACCAUUCGCUGCCGUACGAGCUCUUUCCCUAUCCUCCGACUCCUGCUGCGCCGCCAUUCUCCUUGAUUCUUACCUCAGGCGCAUAAGCGCAGAGCCGACCACGCUCGUUCCGGAGCAGGAGCACCUUCCACGCAUCCACACAUUACUAUAAUACCGCAGUCGCCAUCACCCCAAACUCGCCAUCGACGGAGCGCACUCCAGCCGCCCAUCAUGUUGCGGCCAGCGACCCCGCUGUCCAUUCUGUUCUUCAUCGCCUUCGUCUUGCUGUUGCUGAGCACCCUCUCGACACCCAUCAUCCAGGCCAUCCCCCUAGCACGCCUCGAUGGUGUCGACUUUGGAGUCUUUGGCUAUUGUCAGAAUGGAAAGUGCAGUGGUAUGAGAGUGGGUUACAACACGGACAGGCUGUUCUCCUCCGACGACAGCAAUGAGUUCUCCUUGCCAUCCAGUACUCGCGCCUCGCUCUCCUCCAUUCUCAUCGUCCAUCCUGUGGCAGCCCUCUUGACGCUCAUUUGCUUCGCUCUAGCCGUGGCCGCUCAUUUCCACUCGCCUGCGCACUCUCCUCGCUACCUUCUGGCGCUGCUCAUUUUGACUUUCCCCACCUUGCUUGUUGCCCUUCUGGCUUUCUUGGUCGACAUUCUCUUGUUUGUUCCGCACAUGGCCUGGGGAGGGUGGAUCGUUCUGGCUGCCACCAUUCUCAUCAUUGCUUCAGGUGUCGUCACUUGCGCCAUGAGGAGGACCUUGGUAUCAAGAAAAGCCCGCAAGAAGCGUAUCGCCGAGAACGCUGAAAUGAACGGUGCCAACUACUACAACAAUAUGCAAAACAUGCAGAAUGAGCGCCUGAUGCCCGAUGAGCUGCCCAGAGCCGACAGUCCUCCACCUAUGGACGGCUCUUUCGACAACUCAAAAGGUCCCCAGUUUGCUUCCUUCGAGACCAAGAGCAAUGAAAGAAGAAGCGACGACCGUGCCCCGCUCAAUCCUCGAGCACCGUCUCUUCGCAGCAAUGGCACAGCUCCCAGUACUCGUCCAAUGGAUGACGGGCUUCCUCCCAUGCCUAUCCAGCCUUCGGAUCCUUACAACUUGCCGCACAAUGCCAACCCUCCUUUGCCUUUGUUGAUGCACCAGACUUCUAAUGGUACAAUCGAGUCUCAAAACUCAAACCGAAUGGGACCUCCUCCUCCCGGCUAUGGACGUGGCAGAGGUGGAUAUCCUCCUCGUGGAGGCUAUGGCCCGCCUAGAGGUGGCUUUGCUCCUCGCGGCUCCUAUGGCCCAGGCCCUAGAGGUGGUUACGGUCCUGGGAGAGGCGGCCCUCAGGGCAUGAGAGGCCCACCUCCUCCUGGCUGGAACGGUCCGCAAGGCAGGGGAAUGGGUCCUGGUCCUGGUCCUGGCCCUGGCCCUGGCCCUGGCCCUGGUCCCAUGCUUGGCCCGAUGAUGGGACGUGGUCAACGCGGCCCUCCUCCAGGCUACAGUAAUGAUGCUCUUCCACCUCCUGGUGUUGGUCCUUUCCCUCGCAGGAACGGCUCACCUGAGGAUCCUGUAAACGGUGAAAUCAUUGGUCAAGCUAUCGAAAUGGACGAGAGAACCGGAAGUCCUGCAAUCCAAUCGCCCACUCUAUAUGGGCAGCAUGAAAUGUCAGGCAUGGGUGGUGCAGGUCAGCCCCUGUCACGUCCUCGCAGAGACAUCACCCCGGUCAAUCAAAGACAGCCCAGCGGAGGCGAGCCCGUCACCCCGUCAAGCAUCUACUCAGAGUCAACAUACGUGCAACCAAGAGUCGGCUGGGAUGCGCCUCCGGUUCCCAGACACGCUCCUGCAGCCGCUGAGCAGAUGAGCUCGAUUCCUCCUCUUUCACCAAUUCAAGCAUCUCCAGCAUCUCGUCAUAGACGCGUUGGCUCCGAAUCAUACUACGAAGAUGUCGACCCACGCUUCGCUGCUGACGAACCGUCCGUGGUAGGUGCUCCACUACCGACAAGUCUGACCCCUGGCCCUCAGAUUCCGACUGUACGCCAUCCUUCUCCCGACCGCUUGCGAGUCGAUCAGAACAACGAAGGGCCGUCAUUAGAAAGGGACAGCUCAUAUGAGAACAUCGAGGGUGCACUUUCUCCCGCCAUGUCUGACACCAGCAACUUCACUUCGGUAAGUCAGCGUGGUGUCAACCCCAACUGGCGUCCACCACCAGGCUAUGGUCCUGGACCUGGGUCAGCGGCUGGCCCCUCGCAACAACGCCGAAACGAACAGAAUGACAUGAUCCUUGGGCAGAAUCCAGACUUCAUGUUGCCAGGGAUGCGAGGUCCAUCCCGAGGCGGUCGCGGCAGAGGAAUGCCACGUCCCAACCCCAACGGCCUGACUCCUCCUGGCCGUUACCCAAGCGCGAUGUAAGGCUUUUAUUGCCGAAAUAAUGUUUUUAUGUACCUUUCUACCUUUCUGAAUGACGGAUGGCGGACCCUUUUUCGAUUCUAGAACGCACACCCCCUUUUCUUCACGUUGGUGGUUUAUGGGUUGACGAGAAGGCAUUUCCAUUGAUGUUCAGUCAUCCCCUCCUGCUUUCUAUCAUAUAGCAUGUUC